AUGACCACUCUGGCUAUCGCUAAAGCUGGACCGUACACUGUUGCCAUACGACCUAUACCGAGGCAAAUCACUAGAGAUGACCUUUUAUCGGACGGUGUGUUGAACAAGUAUGGCGAGGUUAAGGACUUGCGCUUUGGUCGAGGCAGGGGGGCAUCUGGAGACGUCAUGUAUGUUGAUUACUUCACAUGGAAAAGUGCGGAAUUGGCCGUGAAGAACUUCAACGGUAAGAUGAGUUUCGGCACAGAUCGACGCCAUAUGUCAUGCCAUCUCACCCCUACUACUGAGGAGAUGAUAAGAGUCGUUAAAGAGGACCUCAGGCAGAAGAGGAAGAUGAAAUUAGAAAAGGCGAAUGCCGCUGCGGCAGAGUCUCAGGCUAAGCGUCGUAACGUGUUUCGUCAAAUGUUGGGAGUAUCCAAAAACACUGAAGGCGAGAAAGAUACUAAACUGCCUAUGGACGCCUCGGCUAUAGGCAACUACUUCCAGUCCUGCGAAGGUCCUUAUGCAAACGACGACGAAAGAGGGUCUGUAGUCUCUGAGAGCUCUGGUGGGGAUGAGGACUGGGAAGAGGCGAAUGCUUUCUCUAAAGCGACGAACGCUUCAUCACUGUACUGGAAUGCAUCGAAGGGCUUCCCUUCUACGGCCCCUCCUCCUACCUUCACUUCACCGGAGAAGGGUGCUGGUGAAAAGUUAAUGGAGUUCCUGGUGGCGAUAUCGGCCGUGAGGGUAACAGGUCUUGACAAGAUGGGUGACUAUUACCUUCGUUUGGAUUGGGGUAGUGGUAAGCAUAGAUAUCAAACUAAAGUGUGCCAUGGAACUGACCAACCGGAGUGGCCAGAAGUCGUAUCAAGAUUUCGAUGGACGACUGGUUCUCUACAGGAUAUGAACUUUAUAUUAAAGCUGAUGAGAGUUGAGGAUGAUGUAGCGGCGAAGUCUCAUCUUCCCGUUCUGCACCGUCCGUGGGAUCGAGGAUAUCGCUACAGGGCCGGUGGGGUGGAGGUGCUGGAGCCUGAGCUCGAGUCAAGGGUAUGUGGGAAUGAUCUCAAGGCCCGGGUACAGAUGAACAUCAGUGUUGACCAGAUGUGCGACAUGCAGAUCUCUCCUAUCGCAUGCCUUUUCGAGCAAAAUAGCAAUGUCAACUUUGUCUUUUCCGAACGCUCAUCGGAAACUGUCGCGGACUCGCACGAGUUGCCCCGUCCUCUCGGCACGAGCUCUGAUCGUGGUGGUGGUGGCGUUGUGGACUUACCUACUUCUCUCGAUUCAACGGUCUUCGGUACUCACGAUUCUACUGAUCUCCAACGCUUCGAAUGGAAGGUGUCAUUCGUUAUCAAUAACGGAGCACGAUCGAAAGAAUCCUCAUUUCCAGCUUGCUGGUCCGAGAUGUGUAUAGACCCCCUUUGGGACGCUGUCGAUGAGGCUAAACUCGAGGAGGUUUUACAUGAUCAUUUAGAGGAGUUCCCGGUGCAGUCAGCAGCACACCCUCAGAGCGGGACUCCGGACAGUGCCGACAUGAGGUGGAUAACUCGAAUGAUCUCUGAGGAGCUGAGGAAGACUAACGAAAUCGUUAGUACUGGGAUGGGAACCGGCACAUUGACUGCUUGUGAAGGAUACAGCAAGAACGAUGGUAUCUCUGGGAUGUUGACUAUGGGCAAAAAGCUCGUGGUUGAUCGUGAUGGGGAUGGACAUAUAGUCUCUGCUAAGGGUCCCGCAGUGGAAGAGGGGAGGACCCCUACCUUGACUCAGACGCUACGGAAAUCUCUUAGAGAGUUGGUCACUUCUGAUGAUAUCCACCAAGCCGCGUUGGGCCUGUUGAGUGAGCACCAUCUGGAGAGGCUAGGACAGUUGUCCCGGAAAGGAUGCUCCAUCGCCCCUGUUUUGGAUCAAAACGUGUUACCGAUCAUACAACUCCGGACUACUCUGGAGAAUCUUAAUCGGCAUCAUAUAAGGAUCGUCGCGCACUGUCGGGAUCGGACCAAGACGUCGAGUGGUGACGCUAUACAGGGUGGUGUGGAGACUGAGAGGAUCUUCGGCGAGACUUGGGUGCCCUUUUCCAAGAUCGUCAGAGCAUCGGUGGGGCAUCGGGGCGACUCAGCGUCCUCGACCGUGCCUAACACGGAACUGCGCCGCCGCCGCCGCCCAACUACAGUCCAUUCUAUCGACACUGUGGUCGCCGAUGGGACGACGGUCGAUGACAUCCCCCUAGAUCAGCAACUCACAGAUCGUCAUCGCUUCCAGGCAUCUGUGUUCAAGGGUCAUCUUCAGCAUGCUGGUCACAUCGUGGGUACAGUUGCCUGUGUCUUCGUUUUCCAGAAUAACCCAGUUUUAUCCCAGCUAGCCGCUGGUGUCAGGACCGAGCGUGGCAUUCAACGAGUGUCCCCGAUCAUACUAGGGGAGAUCAGUCGCUUGGUUGACUUUGACAACGUCAUGUACUUCACUGAUAAAGGCAAGAAGAGCGGCAAUAGGAUCAUUGCCGAUCUUUCAUCACAGGUACGGAGCAUAGCGACUAACCAUAAGAGACUCCUUGAGCACAUGUUCGAGGCCCCACAGUCCAGACCUACUACAGCGCCGCCCGUGAAUUCACUGUCCAGAAGUGCCGCCCGAGAGCUCGGGAAGAAGGUCCUUCAUUCGGCUCGUGGCCCGACUGGUACCACGGAUCGUCAGCGCAUCCUGAAGGAUAUCCAACGUGACCUCAAGGCCUGUAGGAAUGACGCUUUCAGUAGCUCUACAGGGAAUAGCAGUGAUGCAGCAGCACCAAUCAUAUCUUGGAACAUGCAGAAAAGCUCCCAUGGGAGACUCAGCAGUCCUACUAUGCUGUACAUGGCUCGCUGUGGCGCUCUGUGGGCAGCUGAAGUCAUCACAGGAGCUCAUGGCCUCUACUCGCCUGAUUGCCGCCUGCUUUGCAGUGCCAUAAGCAAGGCUCGUGCUCCUGUUCCUGGUAACGAUGAUUCAAGCCUCGUGGUCCCCUCGAAGGAUCAGGUCAAGCCGGCUAGCAAGAGGAAGAGACUAGAUCCAACUGAUAUCGCACUACUAAAGCACUUGGCUAAACGAUGUGAAGGGGAGUACCCUAGGUUGCAUAGUGCGAUCUGUAAAGACGUGGAACUGGGCGUUGAGAUGUCUGAGCUCGUUAGUGAUAAAGGCUCGCAACGACGUAACAGUACUGAGGCCAUCGAUAAAGAGACCGAGAAGGGCGGCACAAAAUUGAGAGGUGCCUGGGAAGCCCAAACUGACGCCGUCCUUAUAGCAAUCCUUUACUUCCGUAUUCCCAGCUUUGGUCUCGAGCUGUUGUCUGCUAUCCUCCCUCCACGAGACCAGAAUCAGCAUAUCAAUGCUGAGGAAUGGCGAGGUAUAGAGAUCGUCGCUCUAGCCUGGGCACAAGGACUAUCAUCAGGCACAGCCUUUGAUAUAGAUGCUGUUUCAUUAAGGAUGAAUCAAGCUUGGUACGUAUGGUUGGUUAAAGCAGUAGUCCUAGAUCUCCAGCGUUACUCUUCAACUCCGGCGGGGCUCCCCGACGGACUGGUAUCAGCUUGUGGGGCGCUGCUGGCUGUGAAUCCCAGACUGCUCAAUGCAUUCACGAAGGCUUGCUGGAUCCGGACUAAUGUAUACGUCCAAGGCAGUGUUUACGAUGCACUCACGUAUUUGGACUUCUGGCUCACUGUGGUCAGACAAUGGAACCCCGGCAACGCCCUGAAUGAGAACGGAGGACAAGAGCAGGCUGCUGUGAAUGCGAUAUCAGCAUCAACGAGACGAAAGCUGAUCUUAUCGCAGACGGUUCACUUCGCGGUCCUGCCGGAUAACUUUGAUCAUCGCUUCAUGAGCAUCGGUAUACGGCGUAUACUUGUCCAUACUGAUAUUGUCUCAACUAAGGCACAGUGCCUAUGGCUGUUGUAUCGAAACUUACAGUCAUUUGGUGGUGCUCAUCGUGAGGCCAUAGUCACCGGUAUCCUCCUUAAUGAUAAGCACGGUCCUGACAUGCUCCUACACUGGUCUCCACUAGUUAGGAAACUGUUCCAACUUGUGCUCCUUUUCCAACUCGUCCAUGCCUACCGAGUCAGCGCAGAGAUCUGUUCACCAUCAUCAUUCGAAGAGUCCCUUGUGGAGGAUAUGGCUGUACUUGAAGAUUCAUAUCAGCAGGAUGCUCAAAUUUACUCACUUGUUUUGUCGUUGGUAGAAGCAUGCUUGGGUUCGUCCCAUGCCCAGAAGUUGAUCGAGCAAGCUGGGGCUCCAACAGCGUCAUCAACGAAGUGUACCUUUUUGGUCGACAGAAACCAUCGCAUCUACAUGCAGUACGCCCAAGCCGAAUUCUGUCAAGUGUUGAAGUCGUAUAGCGCAUGGUUCGCUAUAGUAUCUCGGUCAUCUCAACUAGACUGUUGCCCUGGCAUCGGCAAAUGCCCAAAGGAUAAUCCGUGCUGCGAGUCCCUCCCAGAAAGACCUGUUGUCAAUGUGCCAACAUCCUUCGAAACUGCCUUCCAUGAACCCGAGUUAGAGCGACGUGUGUAGUGGUCCCCUGCCUCCCUCACUCACAGUGGUUGUUGCAGCAGCAAGAAUGCAGAAACGUCGAUCAUGCGUUUUUAAUUCUGGUGUAUAUUACGAAGUUGUCGCCUAUUCAUGAGAUGCUUCUUCACG